UUGUGUGAUUCACAACAUCGGGCACAGCGCGGGCUCACGGCGCAGGCACAGCGAGAUAAGCCUUGCUGGCGACCCACCUGCGGAGAUAGCGACCUGAUAACAGCGUGUAUACGGUGAUGUCGCCGCUAUCGCGCUAUCGCUGACAGUCCGCCUGGCACGGCGCACGGCACGAACACCCUGCACGGCCAGCCCCGAGCAUGUGCUGCCGCGCGGCCCCGGCGCUGCUCGCGCACGUCAACCUGCUGCUCACGGUGUACGGCGGCGCGGCGCUGGCGACGGCGGCGCGGCUGAAGUGGGACCCCAGCACGUACGUGGUGCUGCGCGAGCUGUUCCCGAGCGAGUACCGCGCGGCGGCGGCCACGCUGGCGGCGGCCGGCGCCACGCUGCUGCUGCUGCCGCACCUCGCGGCCGCCGCGCUCAACGCCCAGGCUCGCGCGCGCCGCCUCAUGCUCUACGCGUACGCGGCGGCGAUGGCGCUGCUGGUGGCGGGCGAGCUGGUGUUCGGCGCGUGGCUGGCGGCGCAGGUGGCGGCGUGGCUGCGCUCGCCCGCCGCGCAGCAGAUGGCGGAGGCGCUGGAGCUGGGCGACCACGUGCGGCCGCUGCUGCGCUACCUGGCGCGCUGGCACCCGCUGCCCGACCGCAUCGACGAGCUGCUGCAGGUCACCUCACUCUGCUUUACAACACCGCAUGAUUUUACUAUUUGAAUUUAGAAUUAGACAUCAUUUAUUUGCUUGAAAUAUGGUUACAAUUUAUAGGUCUUAAAAUGCAAUCAUGUUGCUUCAUAUCUCCCCUCAUAUUCAGCUCAUUCCCAACUAUGUUGGGGUCGGCUUCUCACCGGAUUCAGCUGAGGACCAGUGCUUUACAAGAAGCGACUGCCCUGCCUGACCUCCUCAACCCAGUUAGCCGGCCAACCCGAUACCGAUUGGUUAGACUGGUGUCUAAAGUCAAAGAU